CUGCCAUUUCAUUCGCACCCGCACACAGCCUGCUUUGCCUUUCCCACAUGAAAACGAAAAGCAGCCACUUGGUGGAAAUUUUGUGACCAUUGUGCUGCGCUUAGAAGUCGUCCGAGCUCGCGAAGCCACAUACCGUUCGAAAGCCAAGAGUCCGACGAAUCUUUUGCCACCAUCCGGUUGAAAAUCGAAGCGCCGCAAGUCGCGAAAAAGGCCACCGAAAAAGGGCCGCCGUUGUGAGUGUGUGUGACCAAAGAAAAAAAAAUGCCCUGCCGCUGGAGGUGAAAAAUGCGCUCGCCAUUUUGACUCGGGCGACAGUUUUUGUACAAGUGCGCUCGCCGCCGCCUCCGUCGUCGUCGUCGUCGUCGUGGUCGUGGUCCGCAUCCGGACUUGCACACGUGCCCCAGCCCGUGGCUGCAGUGCGUCCGCCCACCCACCGCCGCCCUUCCGAUUUUACCCGUGCACACGUUGCGGCUACGGCACGUAGCCCCGUCUCAUUUCUGUUUUUGGCGGUCCACCUGGCGAGCGGUAAGCGGUAGCGAAAACAACAACAACUGCUGCUCCGGCUGCUGCUGCCCCACCAACAAAAAUGGCGCACUCGACGGGCGGUACGGUGAAGGCCGACGAGGUGAACUUCUUCUUCCGGGACGAGCACGGACAAAUAGCCAAGAUGCUGAAGCCGGCGCAAACCAAGUCCGAAGUGGAGGGCGGAAAGCCCGUGGCCGUGGUCUACGCCACCGGCUCAUCGGCGCGCAACAGCGGAAAUGCCAGCGGCAUUGGCAACGUGGGACGCAUGGGCGCAUUUAGUCAGAUGGGUUCCAGCAAUCAGGGGCAGUUCAUUCGGCUGCAGGACAACGGGCUGUCCAUUCCAAAAACAGAAGCAGGUACUACCUACACCACCGUUUCGGCGCAGAAAACAACAGGCGCAAGCAGUGGUCUUUACGACUUGCCAGUGAAGGGGGAGCGCUACGUGAAGUUUACGCCAAAUCCCUUGAAAAUGAAAUCAAAACUCCAUGCCAUUCAGAGCAACUCCUUGCACUCAAUGUCCGCCUCCUCAUCGUCCGUACAAAGGAAACGCAAGCCGGACAAGGCCGGCAAGGGGUUGCGCCACUUCUCGAUGAAGGUCUGCGAGAAGGUGGAGGAGAAGGGCAAGACCACCUACAACGAGGUGGCCGACGACCUGGUCAGCGAGGAGAUGAAGAACAAUGCGUACGACAACAACUGUGAUCAAAAGAAUAUCCGACGUCGUGUCUACGAUGCGCUCAACGUGCUGAUGGCAAUCAAUGUUAUCUCCAAGGACAAGAAGGAGAUCCGCUGGAUAGGGCUGCCCGCCAAUUCGGCCGAGCAAUUUCUCGCCCUGGAGGAGGAAAACAGUCUGCGCCGCGAGCGCAUCAAGCAGAAAUACGAAAUGCUCCGCGAAAUGAUCAUGCAGCAUGUGGCGUUCAAGGGAUUGGUCGAGCGGAACAAGCGGAACGAGAGCCAGGGCGUGGUGCCCUCCCCCAAUGCCUCGAUCCAGCUGCCGUUCAUCAUCGUGAACACGCACAAGUCCACCAAAAUCAACUGCAGUGUGACCAACGACAAGUCCGAAUACAUAUUCAAGUUCGACAAGACCUUCGAAAUGCACGAUGACAUUGAGGUGCUCAAGCGAAUGGGGUUCCUUUUGGGACUGGAUAAGGGCGAGUGCACGCCGGAGAACAUUGAACGAGUCAAGGCCUGGGUGCCGCCGAACCUCGGCAAAUACGUGGAAGCCUACGGAACCGGCAAGACUGGCGAAACCAUGUACGAAUCGGACGACGAUGAUAACGAGUUCAACGGGUACCUGGAGUCAGCCAACGAGUCCCAGAGCUUUGCACAACACUCGGCACAACACACCACCGAUGGCGAGUUUAAGCUGGAGAUGGAUGAUGACGAGCUCGAAGAGGAAAUUGAUUGAGCUGACGGUGCCGCCGACAUUGCGCCAGCCAUGGCCGAUGCGGACGCGGAUGCGGAUGGAGGAGCAGAUGCUGAUGCGGAGGAUACAUUUAGUUUUACGUUUAUCAACGCUUUGUUAGGUUUGCCACGCCCCCCUGGUUAGGCGGGAACCCCCUCCACUCCACUCCACUUCACUUCACACCCAAUCCGACCCACCACCCACACACACAAUUGGUUUUGUUUACUUCGUAAUGAGACUAUUAAAUUAUACAUCUCGCAGCGACGAGGAAGAAGAUUCGGUAGUUCAUGUAUGUACGUGCAGUUCGCAUACACAGUUUGUACUUGUAUCAUUGAAGAUUUAUGUUUAAGCUCAAACGUUUUUAAAAUAAUUUGUCUAGUUAAGCACAACGCGUAUUUUAAUUCAAACCACAUUUCACAUAUGGCAAUCCCGCAAAACCACAGGCCCAAGCUAAUGUUCACUCUCUUCUUAGUUGUUAUGAGUCUCCCUUCUCCCCAAUUGCCUUUUCAUGUUUGGGUAGGCAUAAGUGAAAGCGAUAAUGUUAUGGGUAAUUGUCUCUAAAUAAUAUAAUAUACCAAAAUUGUACACAUAACAGCAAUGAAAUGCAAUUAUUUUUAGAAUGCCACGAGCAGUUUGAACUGCAGACAAGAACGAACAUAUGAGAUAUGUUUAAUUUGCUUACGCCCUUCGACAAAACGAUUGUUUUAAUUUCUCAAAGCCCACAUUUUAUGUUGACAACGGAGAGCAGAUAAUUGCGACAUAAUCAACCUACCUAAUUAGUAAUAACAAUUAAAACAAGAUAUACAUUUUCAGAAUUUGUAUUUAUAUUAUUGAACCCUCUUCAAGUGAAUACAAAAGCAUACAAAUACAAAUUAGUAGAAAGUCAAGUAUAAGGCGUUAACAAUUAAGUGUCGAGCAUGUAGUUGUGUAAUAAAUCGAAAUAAUUAAUUGCGCGGAUGCAAAGGAAAUUACAAACAAGUGAGACGAAAUCGAACCGAGUGACAAGUUAAUAAAGAAGAAAUUUUCAUAUUGUACAAUA